AUGGCGGCUCCGACGCGAGCAUUCCGGCCAACCAGCGCUGGAGCUCAGAGGGCGCUAGUCUCGAUUCGGCCCGGCCCGCACCAACCACCGACAAAGACGACAAAACAAGACGACGUCAAGACGACCUCAGACGACACUUCUCCCCUGCCGCUCCACCCAUCGCCCCAUCUGCCAUUGCGCAUCUCUCUCCCUUCCUCUCGCUCUGCCAUCGCCAUCCCGGCUAGACGGGUCUCCUCUGGGUCUCAGACUACGUCGUUGGGCAUGCAGGUAUUAUUUCUCUCACGCACAUUCAACCUGGUGCGAAAAUGCCGUCGACGUCGAGGUGGCCAGGGGCCGUGGUCGACCCUCGAUCCCCCACUCAAGGAUCGGGAUUGA